UGCACUGGUUGCAAGCUGGGGUGCUUACCUGUUGAAAAGAAAUGUAUUGGCAAUGUCCUUUGCAUUGAGGGACUCACACGAGGCACAAGUGCAAUUUGCUUUGGAAAGAGGUGUGCCUGCAGUUAUUGGUGUGCUUGGAACCAUACAGCUCCCUUACCCAUCUAGAGCCUUUGACAUGGCUCACUGUUUGCGUUGCUUAAUCUCAUAGGAAGCAAAUGGACUCCUAAAGCCAACAAAAAUUGCCGGGACAAGGUGGUGGUUGUGAUGAUGAUGAUGACUCUUCACUACUAACUCCCAAAGAACAACAACAGGAGAAUUCAAAGAAUCCUAGGUAUGUGGAUCCACUCAAUAUAACUGUAAUGGCAUGUCCCGCACUACCGUUAUGCCCUCUAGCAAUAGCAGAAGCUGAGCGUGGAAUUCCUGACAUUCUCAAGCGGGUUCGAGCUGUAUUUGAUAAGGUCUGGCUCGGGGGAACGCCUAACCAAACCUCACUAGCAAAAUGUUUCAUGAAUAAGGUGAAGAUUCAUGAUCUAGAAAAGGUUUUGGAGCCAUUGUUCUACAACUGGAGGCGCAAACGCCAACAGGGAGAAUCUUUUGGCGAUUUCACAACCCGCCUGGGCUUUGACAAACUGAAAGAGACAAUUGAGAAGUGGGAGGGCAUAUCAAAGGCACUAACACGAUUUUAUCUAAAGCUUUUUAUUAAUAAAGACACAUAUAAAGCCAUGGAUGAACUUGCAAAGCUGCAGAACAAGACUACUCACCAACUGGCCAUGGAAGUCAGCUGCAACUAAAAUAAAAGUGUUUCU